UAGCAGCAGCCGAUACAUUGCUACAUCAGUCCACAGAAACAAUAUAUCUCUAUGUGACAUUAUCAAUUUUAGCAUUUAUAAUAGAAUUAAAGAUAGUAACAAUAAAAAUUAAACAUAGAUCAAAAUAAAGGUAAGAAUAAUCAUUACUGUAACGGGCUGUAAUUGGAUGAAAAUGAAAAAUAAGGGAAUCUACUGUGCAGAAAAAUAUAAAUUACAGGAAAAAACAGUCAUGAUUUAAAUAUGUGAUUUUAUACAACUGUUGUUAAUUAAAUUUAACCUUAAUCAAACGUGUUUAGUUCAAUUGACCCCUGACCCRUAAAGGGUCUGCCCUGGCUGCAAAUGCAAACAUGCAAACAAAGAUAAAACAUGAGAGUCACGUAUAAAAGUGUCACUGCUUUUUGUUUUUUUCUUGUUUAGUCAGUGUUACAGUCUUCUCUGAAUUUCUUAACAUUUUUAUUUAAGCUGCUGCUGCGCUGAAGCCCCUUUCGCAGUGCUUUUAUUCUGAAAGCGUACACCGGAAGUUUAAGUUGUACAAGCCGUCAUGCGGAAGCUGCUGAUCAGCUGAUCGCUUAGGCUGAGUUGUGCUUUAGCAGUCCGUGAGAAAAUGUCUGCAGCAUCCUAUUAGCGUAGCGGCUAAUACCAAGAAGACUGGGCAGAAGGAAGGUAAAGACCCCGAACACUAACCAUGGCAGGGGGGAUCACAGACACCGGAGAACCUUACUCCCCAUUUGUGGGGCUGGUGUACAUGUUUAAUCUGAUCGUGGGGACGGGCGCUCUGACCAUGCCCAGAGCUUUCGCCACAGCCGGCUGGGUGGUCAGCUUGACUCUCAUCUGCAUUUUAGCAUUUAUGAGCUACAUGACCACCACGUUCGUGAUCGAGGCGAUGGCGGCGGCCAACGCUCAGCUGAGCUGGAAGAAAAGAGAGAAGGAAGAGAUGGACAACAGCGACUCCAGCUCCGACUACUCAGACGAUGACGUUAUGGGCCGAGGCCGAGCAGAACCGGAAACUAAACCCAUCCUGUCUGUCCAGAGAUCUGGUCCCGUUGAUCAUUUCGACAUUGUGGAGCGGAUCGAGAUGGGUCAGAUGGCCUCCAUGUUCUUCAACAAAGUGGGAGUCAACAUGUUCUACAUUUGCAUCAUCAUCUAUCUUUACGGAGAUCUGGCCAUCUACGCUGCGGCCGUGCCCAUUUCACUCAUGGAAGUGGCCUGUGGAAAUCACUCCUGCAGCACUGGAGGUGUGAAAUACAACGAUACAGACUCGUGCUGGGGCUCCGUCACCAGGAACAAUGCGUACAGAAUAUUUCUGGCUGUGUUCACUCUUCUGUUGGGGCCGUUCACCUUCUUCAACGCACAGAAGACCAAAUAUCUUCAGAUUCUCACCUCGCUCAUGCGCUGGAUUGCGUUCAUCAUGAUGAUCAUCUUGGCUCUGAUCCGCAUCGGUAAAGGCACCGGCGAAGGCCGCCCGCCCAUUGCCAACCUCUCAGGAGUCCCCAACCUGUUCGGGGUGUGCGUCUACUCCUUCAUGUGCCAACACUCGCUGCCCUCCCUGGUGACGCCCAUCUCGGACAAGAAGCGGGUCAGCGCCUUGGUGCUGGCGGACUAUGUCCUGAUCCUGGGCUUCUACACGCUCCUGUCCUUCACCGCCAUCUUCUGCUUCGACACGGCGCUGCUGUACGACAUGUACACGCUGAACUUCACGGACAACUGCGACGUGCUGAACAUUCCCGCGCUGCGCUACUUCCUGGGCCUCUUCCCCGUCUUCACCAUCAGCACCAACUUCCCCAUCAUCGCCGUGACGCUGCGCAACAACUGGAAGACGCUGUUCCACCGGGACGGGGGCACGUACCCCUGGGUGGUGGACCGAGURGUGUUUCCGCUCAUCACCCUGGUGCCCCCGAUCGUGGUGGCCUUCUGCACCCACAACCUGGAGUCCCUGGUGGGGAUCACGGGGGCCUACGCCGGAACGGGGAUCCAGUACAUCGUCCCGGCCUUCCUCGUGUUCUUCGCCAGGCGCCACCUGGAGCCCGUCAUGGGCAGAGACGCCGUCAACAGACACCAGUCCCCCUUCCACCARGCCUUCUGGGUGUGGUUCGUAAUAAUCUGGGCCGUGUUCUGCCUCAUGUUCGUCACAGCAAACAUCAUCCUGACCGACACUAAAAAAUAACUUCUGUGAAAGUCUGGAACCCAGCGGCCAGUUUUUGUUUUCUCCYAGGCCUUACUGCUGCUCUACGAACUGUGUGCCUUCUUUUUACCAAACAUUUGUCGCUUGAUUUAAUUGUCACCUAAGAAUAAUUUAUCACAUUCGUUGAAAGGGACCAACAGUUUAUGAUGAAAGACUGAGGCCAGGAUGGCUAGAUUGAAAAGGGAAUUUAUUAUUAAAAACAAUAUUUCGACAGUCUGAGGUUUGUAAAUGAUUUCACACUAAAACAUCUUGGAAAACAAACAGAAACAUCCAAACAGGAAGUGAUUUAGAGAAGUUUAAUCCCACUACCUCUCACUUAUCAGAUUUCUGUGUAACAGAUGCUUUUUUAUGUUUACUGUUGYAAAACUAUAGGGUUGCAGGAAUGUYCUGUUACUUUUAACAUUAAAGGAACAAUUCAGAUCUUUUGGUUAAGGUUCUGUGGUAAAGUAGAUAACUCUUUGAACAGAAUCAGUUUGGAUGGAAUAUAGUUUAACAGAGCUAACAAGCUAACGGCUAGCUAGUUAAAAGYCCAAAAUUUGCUGCCUUCUUAAAACAAAAUUAAGUUUUUUUUUCUUCAGAGGUUGUUCAAAGAGCUAUCUACAACAGGUAAGAUACUAGAUGUUCACACACUUCACUAGGUCUAAAAUGUCCCCUUAAAAUGCCAACAACUAAAAUAARGAACGUUUUAUUUUUUUGGGAAAUCCACAGUUAAUUUUCCAGUAAAACUAUAUUAAAGSGAGAACGAGACAAACAGUCACACCCGACUCUUGUUCUGUGCCGUGGCUCCUUAAUGAGACCAGAACAAGGAAAAGAUCAACGCGUCGGGGACGAUCAGUCUUAGUGUCUGACGUGUCUCCAUCCSUCAGCCGGCGAUGUCCUCGUCCUCAUGAGCGAUGAAGCUCUGCUCCGAUGUACCCGCUGACAGCGCUCUGUUUGUCGGCACAAACUGCACGCCUGUACUUCUACACCCGGWGCGGCGUCUUCACGUCUCCCGGCGGCCUUUAACAGAUCUGUCACUCAGUCCAGAACCCGACGGGAAGCUCCUGAUCUGCAGUCUGUGAGGAAGACGAGCAAUUCAACCUUCCUGACCUCAUUAAGGAUUUCUUUUUCACUCGUUUCCUGCAUCAUUCCUGAAAGGCAGCUCCGCUAAAGAACAACCCAACUGUUUGAGUUUUAGUUACUGGUGAGGGGACGGUGGUCGCCUUGGUGCUCACAGUCAUUAGGAGUAAAAAAAAAGUUUAUUUGUAAUCUGAUUUGUAAAUUAUUAUCUGACACUUUCUGGUUAAAAAAGAUGCUGCUGUGGCUCCUAAAUGUCACAUUUCUGAUCAGAACAUUUAUUCACAGAAAGACGGUUUAGUUUAGAGGUUGUUUAGGCAGUGAGGAUGACUAAUCUCUAUUUAAAUUAUUUUUGUUUGUUUCAAAUGAUGCACUUUAUAUUUCUCACAAAGCAAUGCUUCAGUGUCACUCUGAUGUUUUAGAAAACUUAUGCCAACUUARCCYCCUUGAAGAUGGAAUUUAAAAAAAUCAACUACAAGCCUCUUUUAGGCAUGUAACAAACUGAUCCAAAAUCUAACUUUUAUUAAAAAUCUAGUGGACGUUUUARUUUCAUAAGUUGUCUAAAACAUUAAAGAGUGACAGGGUCUUUAGAGAAGUUAAGUUCUGCUGAAUUUCUCAGUAAAACAUGGAGAAGUGAGUCUAACAAAGUCCAACAUGUUGUUUUCAGGUGAUUAUUGUUUACAUUCUAAAAUUCUGGGAACUUGUUUUCAGCCUUUUGUUAAAGCUAAAACCGAAGAGAUUCUUUGUUUUUACGUUCAGCCUUAUUUCAAAGGUGCAGCAGAGAAAUCCUGAGUGUGGUCUGAGAAACGUUCAGAGAUUUGUGAAGGUUUGGGUCGAGGAGUCUGAACCUGCUGUCGUCUUCUCGUCAGAAACAAUUUUCAGUGUUUGAGCUGCAGCUUUUUAUCGUUUUUUUUUUUCCUCAGUGAAAUGAAGCYUCUGAAAUAAUAAAAACAAACAGGAUAUUUAAUACUUUUUAUUAUCAAACUGCAAAAACUCAUCUGAAUCUAUGAAAGUGAGCGAUUAGAUUCUGGUUUAUUUGAGUUAUUUGGUUCUAAAAUUGUUCUUUUCUUUAAACUGAUAAACUUGCCUUGUUUUUUUUUUUCUUUUUGUUUGUCAUUUAUAAUUUGAUGUAAAUCAUCAUAUCGACAAUCUUGUUUGGUGCCAAAAACAUUCUGAUUGUUUAUUUGAUUUCCUUUUUGUUUCCUGUUUUCUACUUUUUUUAUCGUUUCAAUUCAUUUGUUGCUUCCUUUGUCAUUUUCUGCAGAUGUUUAUUGUUUUUGUGACUCUUUUUUUAAUUUUUCUAAAUCUCACAAAGAAAAUAAAGCCUUUAUGUUCAUCUGAGAAAGACAAA